AUGGACCAGGUGAGCAAAGUGAGGGUCCUUUCGUCUUCUCUCCAAGUAAUUUCAAUUGGUCUUAAUUCCACAACAGACGCAGAUUGGAGGGAAGAAGAACACGGUGCUGCUGCCCAAGCUGACCCCCAACACUCCCUACUCCAUCACUGUGUCAGCCAUUUACGGCAGCGGGGAGAGCAAGGACAUCUCUGGCAAUGGAAAGACCAGUGAGUGACCUACUGUAACUGUGGCCUCGCUAAGGCCUUCAUGAUUACAUCAUGUUCCCUUUCGGCCUCUCAACUAAACCUUCCCUCCCUCAGGGAACCGGGGUUACAUUUGUUACCUAGAUGCUGGUGUUAAAGAUGCCCUAAAUACUGUCUUUGUAAAACAUAGAUUUUACGCCUACCACAUGCCACUUCUGUACCUCUACUUACAUUUUCACAUCAGAAGCUCACGGUUGUCAUUUAACAUAGUAGGAAUCCUAAGACCUCCUUUCUUCUCUCUCUCCAGAGCCUCUGGGCGGAGUGAGGAGCCUCCAAGUCACUGACCCCACCACCAGCACCCUGAACGUCCAAUGGGAGGCCGCCGAGGGCAAUGUGCGCCAGUACAAGAUCUACUAUGUGCCCACCGCUGGAGGAGCUGAGGAAGUGGUAGGCUGGGCCACCUCUAACCAAUCACUACCGAAUCUCACAAUGGCAUGCAUACGCAUUCAUUAUCACAUCCAUUAUCUAAUGCUGAAAGAAUACAAACACCAAUACACUGUUACUUCACAGAUUCACUCAGACAGUCAAACAUACAGUGAGCGAAAAAAGUAUUUGAUCCCCUGCUGAUUUUGUACGUUUGCCCACUGACAAAGACAUGAUCAGUCUAUAAUAUUAAUGGUAGGUUUAUUUGAACAGUGAGAGACAGAAUAACAACAACAAAAUCCAGAAAAACGCAUGUCAAAAAUUUUAUAAAUUGAUUUGUAUUUUAAUGAGGGAAAUAAGUAUUUGACCCCUCUGCAAAACAUGACUUAGUACUUGGUGGCAAAACCCUUGUUGGCAAUCACAGAGGUCAGACGUUUCUUGUAGUUGGCCACCAGGUUUACACACAUCUCAGGAGGGAUUUUGUCCCACUCGUCUUUGCAGAUCUUCUCCAAGUCAUUAAGGUUUCGAACCUGACAUUUGGCAACUCAAACCUUCAGCUCCCUCCACAGAUUUUCUAUGAGAUUAAGGUCUGGAGACUGGCUAGGCCCCUCCAGGACCUUAAUGUGCUUCUUCUUGAGCCACUCCUUUGUUGCCUUGGCCGUGUGUUUUGGGUCAUUCUCAUGCUGGAAUACCCAUCCACGACCCAUUUUCAAUGCCCUGGCUGAGGGAAGGAGGUUCUCACUCAAGAUUUGAUGGUACAUGGCGCCGUCCAUCGUCCCUUUGAUGCGGUGAAGUUGUCCUGUCCCCUUAGCAGAAAAACACCCCCAAGGCAUAAUGUUUCCACCUCCAUGUUUGACGGUGGGGAUGGUGUUCUUGGGGUCAUAGGCAGCAUCCUCCUCCAAACAUGGCGAGUUGAGUUGAUGCCAAAGAGCUCCAUUUUGGUCUCAUCUGACCACAACACUUUCACCCAGUUCUCCUCUGAAUCAUUCAGAUGUUCAUUGGCAAACUUCAGACGGCCCUGUAUAUGUGCUUUCUUAAGCAGGGGGACCUUGCGGGCGCUGCAGGAUUUCAGUCCUUCACGGCGUAGUGUAUUACCAAUUGUUUUCUUGGUGACUAUGGUCCCAGCUGCCUUGAGAUCAUUGACAAGAUCCUCCCGUGUAGUUCUGGGCUGAUUCCUCACCGUUCUCAUGAUCAUUGCAACUCCACGAGGUGAGAUCUUGCAUGGAGCCCCAGGCAGAGGGAGAUUGACAGUUCUUUUGUGUUUCUUCCAUUUGCGAAUAAUCGCACCAACUGUUGUCACCUUCUCACCAAGCUGCUUGGCGAUGGUCUUGUAGCCCAUUCCAGCCUUGUGUAGGUCUACAAUCUUGUCCCUGACAUCCUUGGAGAGCGCUUUGGUCUUGGCCAUGGUGGAGAGUUUGGAAUCUGAUUGAUUGAUUGUUACCUGUAUAAAAGACACCUAUCCACAGAAGCAAACUGAGAUUAGGAGCACCCUUUAAGAGUGUGCUCCUAAUCUCAGCUCGUUACCUGUAUAAAAGACCCCUGGGAGCCAGAAAUCUUUCUGAUUGAGAGGGGGUCAAAUACUUAUUUCCCUCAUUAAAAUGCAAAUCAAUAUAUAACAUUUUUGACAUGCGUUUUUCUGGAUUUCUUUGUUGUUAUUCUGUCUCUCACUGUUCAAAUAAACCUACCAUUAAAAUUAUAGACUGAUCAUUUCUUUGUCAGUGGGCAAACGUACAAAAUCAGCACGGGAUCAAAUACUUUUUUCCCUCACUGUACAUACAAAAAUACUAUUCAUUUACCAGACUUUUUUCUCUCUUUUUAAUCCUGUUUUAUUAAGUUUUUCCAAAUGUUUACCAGACGUUUCAUAUCACCUCUGUGUAGCUAUGUGACUCAGUCCUGUUGUGUGGUUGUAUCUACAGGCCCAGGUGUCUGGUAGCACCACCAACACUGUGCUGAAGAACCUGAUGUCUGACACCCUCUACACCAUCACUGUGGUCCCUCUCUACCCCCCUGGAGAGGGCAAACGCAUGUCUGAGAACGGCAAGACACGUGAGUCCACGUACAGGUUUACUGUUAGGAGGGUUCACGUUAUCUAGUAUAGACGACCUGCCUCAACAACUCUUUUCUCAUGGCAAUUGCCAUGACCUACCAUGGUCAAUUUAAUGAAGGAGCCUGUGUACAAUCCAAAAUAGUUAUAUUCAUACCAUUCUUGGUAUAGCAUUUCCUGAGGAGAAGAUUGUACAGUGUGCUAAAGGCUACAAUCUAUGAUAAUGAGCUCGGUUUUUGUUUGGUCAUUCUUUGAGAUCUGAUGUAUCUGUAGAGCAUCCACUCUCUGGUAGUGUGUUGGCUUUACUCCUUAUGCCAGUAAACUCUUGUAAUGUGCCCAAAAUAUGUCCCAGUCUUAUUGUAGCUGAAUUUUCCUAGUAAAUUAAGCGAACUCCUUUUAUAUCUGGGGGCAAUGCCAAAAAGAUCUAACAUGUUUUUGGUUGUCAUCUGUUUACAGCUAAAAUGUCCACUGCAAUGCUUGAUAGUAUGAUUCACUGUAGACACUAUAUUUAGUUUAGUUUCCAUCCAUUUUGAACAGACCAUCCCUCUUCCAGUUUCUUCCACAAUUAUAAGGCUGAGCCUCCACUCAGUAUGACUCAGUCUUUAGUGGGCUGAUUGCACAGGAAGGAAUUCCUCUGUGUUGGCAACACUAGUGGUGUCUCCAGCCUUAAGGUAAUGGGGUCUGUUUAUGGGGUGUAAUGACUGGUAGUGGUUGUGGUAGCACGGCUUGGGGGCUAGCAUGACGUGAGUAAUCUGCUCCCCCAUGGAAAAAACUAGAGGAGGGAAGAGAAUGAAUUGAGAUAAUUUUUUCACUUUCCAUUCAUCAGCCUUCUCUAGACUGGCUAUAUUUAACAAAGGUCACUUUAUGUCAUUACUGUUACUGGUACCCUGAUUACCCCAAAGCCAUAGCCUAAUGGUCUCCUGUCUAUCCUGUUGUUAGAGUCCUUGGUUCAUCUGUCCUGUAUUAGAUCCAUCAGAAUGUACCCACAGGGACAUCGAUCAAUGAUAGCUUUCAAGCUUUUGAUCUCUAUCAGAAUUAUAGGAUUGCUUCUUCAAUCUCAAUGGAAUCUAUAUUUCUUUAGGCAGUCUGACAAAUGUUGUUAAUCACAUCUAAACGGGCCUUUAGUCAUCUUUUAUCAAUUUAUGAAAUUAUUAAUUUUUGCUCAGAAAAAUGAUAUUGACGUGGACUACCCAUUGAUGAUGUGCUUUCAUGGUGAAGCCCAGGCCUCUUGUUCCUUAUUACUUCUGGUCUCUAAGGAAAUAAGCUCCCCAUGUACUUCCCACUCUGUCUUUAUGAGGGUAUAAUGCUGAGGGGUACAAAGACUGGAAACAUCUGCUUUAGUUUUGAAGGCAAUUUUCAAAGAGGGCUACAGACCUUCUGAGCAACCGUUAGCUAGGUACUGUAGUGUUAUUUACUGAAGGUCAGCAUGAUAUAACUGCUGCCUGUUUAGAGCAGAGUCUGUGUAUUGUAGACUGGGGAACUAUGUCGUGUUUUGCUACAGUUUUAAGACUGGUCAACUAUGUCGUGUUUUGCUGCAGUUUUAAGACAGGACAACUAUGUCGUGUUUCGGCAGUUCUAAGAUUGGGCAACUAUGUCAUGUUUUGCUGCAGUUUUAAUGGUUGAGUCAACUAGUAUGUAUUGUACACAGACCCAGUGAAAGCUUUGAUGGCUUCAAGGUGAACAUUUCCUAGUGUCUCAUUCAUCCACCAAUAAUUUAGUUGGACUCUCGAAUGAAUUUUUUCGGCUGCUGUUCUCUUCCCACUCACCCCCACUCUCUUCUUUCCCCAUCUCUCUCUUUCUUUUGCUCUCUCCCUCUCCUCCUCCCUCCCUCCAUUCCCCCCCACCCCCCACCCCCUCUCUCUCUCCUCUCUCUCUCUUUCUCUCUCUCUCUCUCUCUCUCUCUCUCUCUCUCUCUCUCUCUCUCUCUCUCUCUCUCUCUCUCUCUCUCUCUCUCUCCACAGUGUCGCGUACCCCCGUGAGGAACAUCCAGGUCUUCGGCCCCACCACCAACACCCUGAACGUGCGCUGGGAACCCGCCUCGGGCAAGGUCGUGCAGUACAGGGUUGUCUACGCCCCCCUGAGCGGCACCAAGCCCUCCGAGUCGGUGAGUCACCACCAGGGAGACCCAUAGGGAUUAACCCCGCCCCAGGUCAGAGGUCAAUUGUUAGUGUCCAGGAACUUGGGUUGUGUGCGGGGGUGGCCGAGUCGAACGCUUCAGUUAAUUUACAGAUUUACAUCACUACAGCUCUUUGUGAAGGAACAGAACGGAGCAACAUCUACCUGUUUGUGCUCCACAUCGACCGUCUCUCUGGUGGUGGUUCUUAUUUAACAGUCUAUUACUGGUUUAAGGCGAGAUGUUCAUGUUCAUUAAUUAAAACAGGAAGCUGUCUGGGCUUUUUCCCCUCCUUAUGUGGCUUGACGGUGCCCACAUCUGGAGUUAUAAAGGAUGUCACAAACAACUAAUAGAGUGCUAGUUGACAUUGCACAAACAGCCACAUCUGUGAGAAGCAUUGAGACACUGAGACCCUGUUUUAACUUAACAGGUCUUUGAAGAGUGAUGCUGUUUCCAUUUUAUUGAUAGCUAGAAGUACUGUCUUUGUUCUUAUAAAGCCAUAACAUUGUGUUUCUGUGGGAAUAUUAUGAUGAACUUAGGGCUGGACUUUUCCAGUGCCAGGGCCAGCUUUCCACGUCAGCAGCCAUGUGGCCAGUGUCACGAUGCACCAUCAAAUUUAACACAGGGAGGUUUGGUGUAUGCAUUACUAGAUUAGGAAAGCAGCCUUGUCAUAUUGGGUUUACUUCUUGAGAAGAACAUGUUGCUAUUAAACCCUCCAAAGUGGUGACCGGCGUAAGGGUUCGAUGACGUUCGCCAAAAACAGUCCCAUCAGAGACACAGAAAUAGAGAUACACACAUUGAACAUGACGCAAUGGUGUUUGGGGUCAAAGUGAGAGAGGGAAACCAGAUGCUGGGUGGGUGGACUCCUGUAUAUUUUGUACGGUAUGUGAUACUAGGACAAGGCAGGUAGAUGAGAAGAUCAGGGUAGAGGCUGGUUUACCUUUGAUAAUGUUAUCAAGAGACAGAAAAGUGGGGUCUGGUAUCUAGUAUGGGUGAACUCAGGGGUAACACAGACACACAGAGAUUAGCACAAAUCAGUUAGGUCAGAGCAGAGGAGCCAGGCUGCUGUAAGCAACUGUCAACACAUUACGUUAGUUACUCAGUGUGUUAUUGCCCUAACUGUCUGGAGGGGCCCUACAUCAUUGACAUAAAAUUCAUACUUGUGUUCCCCCUUUCACUGAGCACUGAGAAGUGUCAACACAAGUGGUUGUUGAGUGAGGUGAGGUGAGGACGAGCUGAUAGAGGUGUCACACUGAAACAGCUGUCAGGUUGUCAGACUGGGGGGUCAUAGUGAGUGUCAGAGCUGCCAGGACCGUGGGUCACAACAGCAUGACAGCAUGAUUGUUGUUUUCCCCAUACAGCUGACACACUUUUCAGACAGGAAGUACUCUUCUCCCCCAUCUGGAUGUGUCAGUGUAGGCUAGCCUAAUUGAUGUAGAAUAAUGUAGAUAGUUACAGCUAUCCUUGUUAUUACUAUUAACGCUUGUCUUCAUCAUAAUUUCUCUAGUUUUGAGAAUCAAACGUGUGGGUGCAAAAGUUGUAGUUUGAUUGAAUCCAACCCACUGUAAUGCAUGCUGUAUGCUGUAGACUGCGAUUGGUCCUUCAGUGCUGACCUCUGUGUCUCUAUCCCCUCUGGUCAGAUCCUGGUUCCUGGGACAUCCACCACCACCCUGCUGGAGCAGCUGGUCCCAGACAUGCCCUACAACGUGGGAGUGGUCGCCAUCUACGCUGACGGAGAAGGACCGCCGGCUGAAGACAAGGGCACAACACGUAAGAUCCAGUAUAUACUAUCUAUCAUACAUAAGAUCCUAUUGCCUUUACAUGUUUAUCCACAUCCAAGUAGAUGCUUGAUAUUGUGCUAACUUCUUUAUUGUCCCUGUCCCAGUUCCCCGCAGUGGCCCAAGGAACAUGCGUGUGUAUGAUGCCACCACCAGCUCUCUGACCGUGGCAUGGGAACAUGCUGAGGGACCCGUGCAGCAGUAUAAGAUCACCUACGCCCCCACCACUGGAGAUCCCAUCGAGGAGCACGUAAGCACCUAUAUUGCUGGUAUUUCUGAUGAUAUCCUCAUCAAACACCAUCUUGAUGAGUCUACAGCAUGAAUUAGAGUGUUGCCCAAGGCACAAUGUGAGGAGAUUGUCAGGAUCCUUAUUUCUCCUCUGUUUGAAGUACCUGUUGAAUAGUAUUAAUGAACAGUAAUACAAUGUUCUGCCUGUGUGUCCUGUAGACUAUGGUUCCUGGGAACAGAAAUACCGUCAUCCUGCCCAACCUGGAUCCAGACACUCCCUAUAAGAUCAACGUGCAGGCCAUCUACCCUGACGGACCAGGGGGAGAUCUGGAUGGAGACGGGCGUACAGGUACACUAGCACAUUCUAUGCUUGGUCCACUAUUCAACAUGAUAGACAAACAGACCCACACGGUUCUCCACAAACACAGUUGUUUGCAGACACAUACUGUAAGUUAUAGUCACACACACACACACACACACACACACACAUUCAAGUAGAGUUUUAUAAACUCAGCCAAUUAUUAUUAUUCUUGAUGUCAGAAACAUGGCUUCAGCUCAGUCUGCCUGUGAAUGCCAGAUACUUUUGAACUGGCUGUCCUCCAAUGGUAGAUCUCACUAGAGCUGCCCAAUACCCAGUCUAAUUUCCUCUAUCAAGUUACACCACAUCAAAGCAAAGACAUAGCUUAGGACUGCAUGGUUGUGAUAUUAAUGUUAAUAUUGUAAUAUGUUUUUAAUAUGUUUUGACGGUCUGUAUUUUCUUCCUCACAGUUGGCAUGCUGGGACCUCAGAAUCUGAGAGUGUCAGAUGAGUGGUAUACUCGCUUCAGGGUGUCCUGGGACCCUGCACCCUCCAGAGUGGUGGGCUACAAACUGGUCUACUCGCCUGAAGGUCAGAUAGCUACUAUUUUACUAUUCUAAUAUACUAUUCUAUUCAGCUGUGAAAGAAGAUUCACUUGACUUACUUAAUAUACAGUGGGGAAAAAAGGUAUUUAGUCAGCCACCAAUUGUGCAAGUUCUCCCACUUAAAAAGAUGAGAGAGGCCUGUAAUUUUCAUCAUAGGUACACGUCAACUAUGACAGACAAAAUGAGAAAAAGAAAUCCAAAAAAUCACAUUGUAGGAUUUUUUAUGAAUUUAUUUGCAAAUUAUGGUGGAAAAUAAGUAUUUGGUCAAUAACAACAGUUUCUCAAUACUUUGUUAUAUACCCUUUGUUGGCAAUGACACAGGUCAAACGUUUUCUGUAAGUCUUCACAAGGUUUUCACACACUGUUGCUGGUAUUUUGGCCCAUUCCUCCAUGCAGAUCUCCUCUAGAGCAGUGAUGUUUUGGGGCUGUCGCUGGGCAACACAGACUUUCAACUCCCUCCAAAGAUUUUCUAUGGGGUUGAGAUCUGGAGACUGGCUAGGCCACUCCAGGACCUUGAAAUGCUUCUUACGAAGCCACUCCAUCGUUGCCCGGGCGGUGUGUUUGGCAUCAUUGUCAUGCUGAAAGACCCAGCCACAUUUCAUCUUCAAUGCCCUUGCUGAUGGAAGGAGGUUUUCACUCAAAAUCUCACGAUGCAUGGCCCCAUUCAUUCUUUCCUUUACACGGAUCAGUCGUCCUGGUCCCUUUGCAGAAAAACAGCCCCAAAGCAUGAUGUUUCCACCCCCAUGCUUCACAGUAGGUAUGGUGUUCUUUGGAUGCAACUCAGCAUUCUUUGUCCUCCAAACACGACGAGUUGAGUUUUUACCAAAAAGUUCUAUUUUGGUUUCAUCUGACCAUAUGACAUUCUCCCAAUCCUCUUCUGGAUCAUCCAAAUGCACUCUAGCAAACUUCAGACGGGCCUGGACAUGUACUGGCUUAAGCAGGGGGACACGUCUGGCACUGCAGGAUUUGAGUCCCUGGCGGCGUAGUGUGUUACUGAUGGUAGGCUUUGUUACUUUGGUCCCAGCUCUCUGCAGGUCAUUCACUAGGUCCCCCCGUGUGGUUCUGGGAUUUUUGCUCACCGUUCUUGUGAUCAUUUUGACCCCACGGGGUGAGAUCUUGCGUGGAGCCCCAGAUCGAGGGAGAUUAUCAGUGGUCUUGUAUGUCUUCCAUUUCCUAAUAAUUGCUCCCACAGUUGAUUUCUUCAAACCAAGCUGCUUACCUAUUGCAGAUUCAGUCUUCCCAGCCUGGUGCAGGUCUACAAUUUUGUUUCUGGUGUCCUUUGACAGCUCUUUGGUCUUGGCCAUAGUGGAGUUUGGAGUGUGACUGUUUGAGGUUGUGGACAGGUGUCUUUUAUACUGAUAACAAGUUCAAACAGGUGCCAUUAAUACAGGUAACGAGUGGAGGACAGAGGAGCCUCUUAAAGAAGAAGUUACAGGUCUGUGAGAGCCAGAAAUCUUGCUUGUUUGUAGGUGACCAAAUACUUAUUUUCCACCAUAAUUUGCAAAUUAAUUCAUUAAAAAUCCUACAAUGUGAUUUUCUGGAUUUUUUUUUCUCAAUUUGUCUGUCAUAGUUGACGUGUACCUAUGAUGAAAAUUACAGGCCUCUCUCAUCUUUUUAAGUGGGAGAACUUGCACAAUUGGUGGCUGACUAAAUACUUUUUUCCCCACUGUACCUAUCCAACUAUAGAAGACAGUCACAGAUAUGUUUUGAAGAUGUGAUUGUUAUUGACCUGGAGUGUCCCUGUCUGUGCCUGCUGUUAUUGACCUGGAGUGUCCCUGUCUGUGCCUGCUGUUAUUGACCUGGAUUGUCCCUGUCUGUGCCUGCUGUUAUUGACCUGGAGUGUCCCUGUCUUUGCCUGCUGUUAUUGACCACCUGGAGUGUCCCUGUCUGUGCCUGCUGUUAUUGACCUGGAGUGUCCCUGUCUUUGCCUGCUGUUAUUGACCACCUGGAGUGUCCCUGUCUGUGCUUGCUGUUAUUGACCACCUGGAGUGUCCCUGUCUGUGCCUGCUGUUAUUGACCACUUGGAGUGUCCCUGUCUGUGUCUGCUGUUAUUGACCUGGAGUGUCCCUGUCUGUGCCUGCUGUUAUUGACCACCUGGAGUGUCCCUGUCUGUGCUUGCUGUUAUUGACCACCUGGAGUGUCCCUGUCUGUGCCUGCUGUUAUUGACCACCUGGAGUGUCCCUGUCUGUGUCUGCUGUUAUUGACCUGGAGUGUCCCUGUCUGUGCCUGCUGUUAUUGGCCACAUGGAGUGUCCCUGUCUGUGUCUGCUGUUAUUGACCUGGAGUGUCCCUGUCUGUGUCUGCUGUUAUUGGCCACAUGGAGUGUCCCUGUCUGUGUCUGCUGUUAUUGACCUGGAGUGUCCCUGUCUGUGCCUGCUGUUAUUGACCACCUGGAGUGUCCCUGUCUGUGCCUGCAGGUACUGAUCAGACCAUGGAGACGUUUGUUGGAGAUGUGACCAGCUACCAGCUGCACAACCUGCAGCCUGGAACCACCUACGACCUCAAGGUAUUGGCCCAGUACGACGCUGGCCUCAGCGGACCUCUCAUUGGACAAGGAACCACACGUAAGUGAUUGAUUUGUUGUUUGAUUGGUUGCUUGAUUCAUGAGUUGUUUGGUUCAUCAAAUGAUUGUUUGUUUGAUUGAUUGAUUGAUUGGUUGGUUGACUGUUCCUGUCUUCACAGUGUACCUGAACAUCACUGACCUGACCACCUACAACGUUGGUUAUGACACCUUCUGCAUGAGAUGGACCCCCCACAGGGCUGCCACUUCCUACAGACUCAAACUGAAUCCGUUCGACCGUAAGUACUAUACCUGGCUGGGAGCCCAUUCAGUCCAUAUAACCUUGAUCCCUAUGGGGGAGAACUGUUUCUAUACAGUAGCUGUUGUUUUAUAUUGAUUUCAGAAUGUCUACUGUCGAUCAGAUAUGUAGACAAAGUUUUACCACCCUAUCACAAAGGUGUACUUGUUAGAAUGUCUAAAUAUGUUAUAUAAUUGUAUUUUAUUCAUGCCCACUGAUCCAUCUGUUUCCUAUUAACUCUCCGACGCUGGAGUACUGUAAGAGAAGAAAAAAAAGAUGGGAAAAAAUGUUGGAAUAUUUAAGUCUGUUUACAGUAUGGUAGACAUUAUAGAUGGAAGCAGUGCACUUUGCCACAUUAAGUUAAUUCAUGUUUGUUUGAAAGGGCAUAUUGAAUAACACAAAACACUGUAUAAGCCCACUGUUACCUCAGUCCAAGCGCUACCACUAGCUGGCUUUAACCCAUCUCCUUCCCCUCUCUUUGAAGAUAAUAAUAAUAAUGAUAAUGGAUUAGAUUUAUAUAGCGCUUUUUCCAGGUGCUCAAAGUGAUUUCCAGUUGCUCAAAGUGCUUGGGGAUAAAUGAGGUAUACCUUUAAAGUGUAUGGGGAUAAAUCAUCUGAUCCACUGCCAAUGUGUGUUACUCUUUCCUCCUACAGCCUCUAACAAGGGAGGUCAGGAGACCACCAUCACUGGGUCUGAGAGCCACUACUGUUGGGACGGCCUGACCCCUGACGCCCUCUACAAUGCCACCGUGUACACACAGACCCCCAACCUGGAGGGGCCCGGA